GACAGCGGCGUUGUCCGGGGAGGAGAAAGAGGCGCCUGCGGCGGAAUAGCGAUCCGACGUGCGGGGAGUGGCCGGGGCUCGUGCACUCGCGGGGCCAUGAACCUGGGGGAUGGAUUAAAGCUUGAAACAGAAUUAUUGGAUGGGAAAACAAAGCUAAUAUUGGCUUCAUAUGAACGUAAACCAAAAACUGCCAUGAAGAUGGGAAAUAAGGCCAAGAUUCCAAAACAGCCUUUGAGAACACCACCAACUGGACAUGUUCUUAAAUCUACACAAAAUACCAAUGGCAGGAGUGAAAGCCUUUUACAGAAAAGUAGAACUCCUUCUGAAGCCUCACUGGCAAAAGGGGAUAAAAGAAUGAUUUUCUCACCAACUACGAGUUUCUCAAAGGAAGACACAGAUAAUGACCAUCCUGGUGUGCAGAGAAACAUUCCAGCUGAAACCCCUAACUUGUGGAGGACUAAAAAUUAUAAACAGUCGGCAGUAUUUAAACAGAAGCCUCAGAAAAAACACCUCACAGUUGAAGAUCUAAGAAAUAGUUUGGUUUGUCUAACAGAGGAACAGCUCCAACAGAUUUUGAUGGCUGUGAGCCAAGGAAAUAAGCCUGUUUCACAGAUUGAGAAUGGAAAGAAAGAAGAAAAAUGUCAAAAUAACUUACAUUUUAACCAUUUGCCUAAGGAGUCAAAAGAUGAGAACGUUAUGGGAUUACUUCAGAAGGCUGAAAAUGUUUCACCUAUCCCAGAUGAAAAUAACUCUAUUUUAAACAAAAAACAGAAGACAUCUAAGCAGUGUGAGCAGAAAAUUGCCAUAAAGUCUGUAUGGAGACCAGCUGAUAUGUUCAGUACUCUGGGGGAGAGAGAGAGAGAAAAAAGUUUGUUGGAAGCAAAGAAAUUCCAGUGGAGAAAGGAGCUAGAUGAACAGGUUGCUUUGAAGAAGAAAGAAAAGGAAGCUUCUGAAGAGCAGAAGAAACGCCCCUGGGCCAGGUCUGGGGAUGCCAGACUGCUUUGGGACAGUUUUCAGAAGGCAGAGGGAUCGCAGUCCUCGACGAGCCCGUCUAGCGUUCUCUCAGGGUCACCCAGUCCGGGGCUGGCGGCCCGUCCUGGUGGGGCCUCCAUGCCUGGGACCAGCCAAACUCUGCAGAUGACAUCUCCAGCUGAAGUGAACUCUGCUGCUGAUGAGACCCCGGGGGUAAAGAGCAUUUCGAGGGGAGAGUCGGCCCUCCCCGACAGUUGCUGUGGAGCCCGUGGGAAGCCCUCCACCUUCAGUUCUCCAGAUGUACCAGCAGCCAUCCGGACGGCCUUUGUCUUAGGGGAAGCUGCCCCACUGGAGCAUCCUUUCAGUGCCAUGAAAAGAGAGCAGCAGAGAAAGUGGAUCGAAGAGCUGAACAAGCAGAAGGAAGAAGAUAAGCUACGAAAACUCCAGGAAAGAGUGAUAUAUUCAAAGGGUGAAGAACAUGACAGAUGGGCCAUGCAUUUUGAUUCCUUAAAACUCUAUCCCAAUUCUCAGUCUCAGCUCUCCUCUCGUGCAACCCAGAAACAACCCGACUACUUCUGUCUGUCCCCGGACACUCAGGAAAUGACUGAUGUUAGCAGUCCUUAUACACCUUUAUCUGGAAGCCAACUUGGGCCUUCAGAGGAGGAGAAUUCAGGGAAAUCUGUUCAGGAUACAGCUCCCGCAGUCAUUGAGAAAACCAAUUUCCUUCGUUCAAUGACUGCACUCUUGGAUCCCGCCCAAAUUGAGGAAAGGGACAGACGAAGACAGAAACAGUUAGAACAUCAGAAGGCCAUCACUGCCCAGGUGGAGGAGAAGCGAAGGAAGAAGCAGCUGGAGGAGCAGCAGAGGAGGCAGGAGGAGGAGGAGGAAGAGCGUCGCCUGGCCCAGGAGCGAGAGCAGAUGCGGAGGCGGUUUGAGGAAGACCUGCUGCAGCAGAGGCGCAAGGAGGAAAUGAUGACUCUUAAGACAAACGAGCUGUAUCAGACCAUGCAGAAGGCCCAGGAGCUGGCACAGAGACUGAAGCAAGAGCAGCGUAUCCGCCAGCUGGAGCAGAAGGGCCAUGACAUUUCCAACCUGCUAAGGAAUCUUGGCGGCGAGGCGAUGUCGGCGGAGCAGAGUCUGGACCAAGUGAGCGCUAAGGUCAGUCAAGGAAUCAACACUGCCGCCUCUCCUCGGAAGGAUACUGCCGUACAGACAGAGGAUUUGCACACAGGAAGAGCCACCAGUGCAGAAGCACACGCUGAACCCGUGACUGAGGGCACGCUCACACACCUCCUCUCUCCUGAGAUUUCAGUAGAAUUGGACAGACAAUUUAACAGCAAGAAAAGUAAGAAAGAGAUGCUGACAGAGGACAAGAAAGCUCCCCUAGAGAAAGAAAACAGCUGUCGUAACAACCUGUAUGACCAGUUUGCAAGAACUGAGAAACAAAAAAAACACAAAGGGAAGUGUGCAAAGAGACCCGACUGGAAUAUAAACAAGCCAGCCAAGAGGUACGUCCCUGCCUCAGAAAGGUACCCUAAACACCUGCAGAGGCAGAGGGAAGAAAAAAAGGUAAGGAGACAGAUGGAACUGCUUCAGCUGCUGGAAAGAAACACUCCUGGCUGCCUCUCGGGGCCAAGAGACAUCUCUCCAGGAAGCACCAAUGAGGAAGCCGAUUCCAGAGCCAAGGGGCCCCGAGGCCACAAGGAAGAAGAAUUGAAAAAAAUCAACUCCAGUAAAGAAAGAUCUGAAUCACCUCCUGUUCCAGCGGUAAAGAACCGAUUACAACAAACACAGCUAAAACAGACAAACACAGUUCAUCCCCCGGAACUACCUCAUUUCAUCCCCUAUGUCCGAACCAAUGAAAUCUACUGUCUGGAUUCAGAUGUGCCAUCAUCUAGACCUUCAGCCUAUGAUCCUCAGAAUCCCUAUUUAAAUGAUUCUGACUACCGAGAACAGAUGAUUGACUCUGACAAGCUGAGAGAUCCACUUCUGAACCCCAAUUUGGUGAAAAACAGAGACAGACAACAAGCAAUCCUCAAGGGACUAUCAGACCUGCGACAGCCGAUGACUGACCAGGUUUCAGAGAAUGCUAUCAUAUCCACAAGAUGGGAUGACCAGCCUCUGCCUAGUCUUUUGAACCCUCCCUCUCUGGGCAUAGUAAAGUCACAGACUACAAAACCACCUGAGAGGGUUACAGCUGGACUCACCUUUGUUCAGACUGGAUUGGGCUGUUCUUCAUGGAAAUUCUUUUGAGUAAAACUUACGUAUGUUAAAAAAAAUUUUUUAAAAGAUCUCUAACACACAGGCUGCGUGUGAAUCAGUAAUGAUAUUUUCUCAAUUUUCAUGGUUUGCUUUCUUCAGCCCCAUGCUGCUUUUAUGUCAUUUGUAUCAUCACUUCAAAAUAAAGUUACUCUGCAAACUCCUCAGAAAUGGUCCAUUUCCUUAAACAAUUUUACAAAGAGUAACAGUUUCUCAGAGUUUGCUCUCUCACAGAAUGGAAGAUUUUAUGUGAUGCAACAGAAUGUAUUUACUGAAUAUGAUGCAUCCAAUCUUCCAUUCAGUAGUCCACAUGUGGAGCUUCUGGGGAGAGCCCCUAUCUGGAACCUCUCACCAGAAAGGUGGGAGUUCCUUCUCGUCUUGUUUCAAAUGAAGACACCCCCACCCCCACUCCAAUUCACCAAGAGAGGUGUAGUGCCCUUUUCAAGAAGAAAUAAAAUCUGAGUGAGGAGGUCUGAUGACCAACCACACCAGAUCAAGGUACGGCCAGGCCAUGUCUGAAAUCCAGUGCACAGCAGAGCCAAACUGCCCCACUCUUAGAAAACUGAGGCAGCCUGCAAGUGCGGUAGCACAGUCACAAAGUCCAAACAAGAAAUUUCUGAGAACGGCUGGUUUUUAUUAAGAACAGCUCCAGAGCCACACAGACCCAGGUGACAGUAACGUUUAAUGUAAAAUCUCAAAGUUCAGAAGUGAUUGGUGAUGUAUGAACUAACAGGCCAAUUUGAUUUCAGGGCCUUCUCCAGAAGCAGAAAGAGCUGGAAACUCAUCUCAUUCCCUUAGCUUCAAGUCAAGAGGACUCUGAUUCUCCAUUCUAACAUACAGAAG